AAACAAUAUUGCAAUCUCAUCGAAACUAAAUAAAAUCUUUCAGAUUUACUUUGCUUAUACCUUUUGAAGAGUACAUAUUAUGGCUGACGAAAGCCCUCAUUUUAAUGGCCUCUUAAAUCGAGUUCGUGAGAAACUAAGAUCGGAGAAUGUAAAGCUCUGGCUUGCACCAUACACCACAUCAAACGAUGAACCAGGGAAGUACCCUGAGGUAAGAUACUCCAUCAUAUUCUUCCUGAAAACUUGUGAAACGGUAAUGUAAUAUUUACAAGAUACAAUUUUGGUCAUCAUUUAACAUUAUUAAUUGCGCGAUAAAAUGAAAUUUAAUUUUUAUGAAGACAAAUGAUCAAUCUCGAGGUCAAGAUUGCUGGAUAUUUUGGUAAGUCCGCUUUGGUCAACUUUUUGCUUACAAGGAAAGAAUUUGUAAAGUGAUGAUAUAAUGGGUAGUACCAAGUGGAACCCGAUGAUAUGGAUCUCAGCUGAAUGCUCAGACACCUGACAGAUCUCCAGACAUUGGCAUCUGCUUUACUCAUACCCUGUACAGGGCUGUCAUUAAGAGACGGGGGACAGGGAUUUCCCCCGGCUACAUUCAUGGGAAAGUCGAAGAAAAAUACAGUCAAACCUCUCGUUACGGACACCUCUCUGUUACAGAUAGUUCCAUUGGUCCCAUAAAUGCCAAAAAUCAGACAUUCCCUACCUCUAUAAUAGGUACACCUCUGUAAAGCGGACAAUAUUGGUUCUGUCCCUUUGGUGUCCGUAUUAAAGAGGUUGGACUGUAGAACCAAAACUGAAAAGAAAUCCCAAGCUGUUUGAUCCCCCGCCUACCUCUUGUAUUUAUCCGGCAACUUGAAAUAGGCCAGUUGCACUAAGAGGUCACGUGACCAAUGCUUCCUUUAAACGAUGAGUUGGAAUCUUGGUGAUGCCAAAAAUUGACAGAGCACAUAAAAAUUAUCUUAAACCCAAAAUUUGAGAGGAAACGCAUUUAAGGGAGAUAUUUUAUGGCACUUUGAUUUUUCAACAAAGCAGUAUGAUUUGUAUUGGCCGCCAUGUUGGAGGGCAUACUCUUGCCCUCCAGCAUGGCGGCCCAAACUACUUUUUGCUUAUAUCUUGUUAAACGUUUGAUAGUUACGCUCAGAUGUGCUGUAAACAUUACCACAUCAUCUUUUCAACAUUUCUCUUGAACUUUAAGUGCAAAAUUUGUGUUCAGAAAGAUGUAAUUCCUAAUUUUAAAAAUCACAUUUUGGUCACGUGACCAGCUACAAACUUACUCAUUUUAAGAAAAUGGUGCAGGUUUGACAAACCAAAUCACCAUUAUUUUGUUUAAGAUAUGACCCACUAAUCAUUUUUGGAAGGCAAAAUCAUAUAACUUUCAUUUUCAUAAAAACGAUGUCACAUGACCUCUUAGUGCAAAUGGCCUAUCAUAGUGACAACCCUGCUCAUACAUUUAUACUUCACAGGAAAUGAUUAACCGCUACUCAGCAGCUUUAGAAGCUUUACCUGAAGAAAUCAAAGAUGCAUUGGAGGAGCUGAGAGUGCAUGCUCUCUCAAAAUUGCAGACAGGACAAAGGUUUGCCAAGUCAGGAAUUGCAACCAUCAAAGUUCAUCUAACUGGUAGCAUUCCCCUGGGACUAGAUAGCAGGUUACAGAUUCAAAUUGGUCUACAUGUGAGUGGAGCCAAUUUCAAGAAAAGGUACAUGUACUAUUCUAAUUAUUAAGUAAUUAAUUAAUAUGAGGAAGACAACUUCCUAAGCUGAAAUUUAACAUUGAAUAUUAUUAUAAUUAUUUAAAUUUUACCAGUAGUUAAUGAUGCUGUUCUAUUCAGGUUAAAUGCAGUGUCUGGUUUAGACCCUGAUAAAAUGAAACUUAUUUGCAAAGGACAUGUUGUUGAUGAUGGUAAGUGUUGGUUCAGUUUUGUUAAAUAUGCCACUUCCUUUAAACAGAAGAGAAAGUUAUUGAGUCAUCUACUGCGCUUAGAGCAAUAAUUAUUAAAAGUUAUUUCAGAUACACAAAUUAAGUGUUUACUUUCAAUCACAUUUCUAUUAUCAGACAAAUCACUGGAGAGCCAAAAUGUGAAGAACAAUGGGCAGAUAAUGGUGCUUCUACUUUCGCAGUCUGUUGCUGAGUCUGAACUUCAACAAAAGAAAGAGGAAGAAACUAAAGCUAGUGUAUCACGGACAAGACAAGCAGCUGAGGCUUUGUCAAGUAGGAAGGACAGUGAGUGGCUUUUACUUGUUGUGUUUAUUUACACUUUGAUUGGGCAUUGUAUUUCAUGAAGUGGUUGUGAUUUGUGUUUGAAUUCUUGUGGAAUACUAGUUUUCUAACUGAACCCAGAUAUAUCAUGAUCUUUCAAAAAAGAAGUGGGUCUCACAGAAUUCAAUAAUAAUUGUAAUCAAACUUCAAUUGACUGGCAGAGUGUACUCAUAUUACUAUAACUCAUUUUUGCAUGACUGCAACCAACCCAGCCUGCCUGGGUGGUAUUAGGAGAGAAGGGAGGGUGAGGUAGGGAAGGAGUGCUAUAAGUAUAGAGCUUAUUGAAAUAAAAUUUUUUUUUCUUGCACUUUGAUACUUCAAGAAUAUUGUCUCAUUAACACACUUAUUUUUUUUAACUUACUGUAUUUAAAUUUAUCAUUUUUCAUAACAUCAGAAGUUAGAGAUGACCGCUUUUUCCUUGAGAUAAAUGACCAAGAAGGCAAACCAAUACAACUGCCAGAUCAUGAAAGAAAGGUUAGUUAUUGUGGUUUGUGUUGUUUAAUAUAACUACCAAGCUCUCUGCAUGGUGUACUCGUAGAUAAUCUUGAAUCUAUGAAUAGAUGGAGUCACAGGACUCUGCAAUGUUUGGAUGGAGUGAUCAAUAAUAUAAUUACAUAAAAGAUGCACAUCUAUUAUUAUGGGGAGCAAGAGCAAGGUUCAAAUCCUGACAUCGACACCAUAUGUGGGUUGAGUUUGUUGUUGGUUCUCUCCCGUUCUCCGAGAGGUUUCCCCUCCCCUCAAAAUGCAACAUUUUCUAACUCCAAUUUGACCAGGAAUCAGGUAGACGAAGAACCACUUUGUGGAUGUGCUACCUCCAAUCAUUAUUUGUUUAUUUAUUAAUUUUAUUAAUUUUAUUUACUUAUGCGGUAUGGCAUGUAUGAUUUGGUGGGAACCAAGAAUUCUAUUAUAAAAUUUUGAGUUUUCUGAUUUUUGCAGGCUUUAACACUGGCACUUACCUUACAUGAAAAAGGACGGAGUGAACUCAAGAAAAGAAAUUACGCUGAAGCUCUUUUAUUGCUUCUGGAGGCAGAGAAAGAAUUCAGGUACAGUCAAAGCUCUCCUUGUGACCACUCUCAUGAGGGACCAGCUCUAGUUACGACCACCUUUGUGAAACCCCGUUUGAACUGUGACUUAAACUUUGUAAUUAAAGCUCUGAUAUGUGACCGCGCCCACUUUUGGGAUUACCCAACCAGACUUUUCCUUUGUUUUUAAGCUCUCAUAAGCCACCAAUCAGAGUAUUUUUCUCAUAAAUCAACACCAUAAUGAAACUGCACUCUGUGCAAUUGGUCUAAAAAAUUGGACGUCAAGUUUAGCCAUGUCUAUAUAAGAUAUAAAGACACUUAUUGAACAUUAAUUGCUUUUGUUUUUCUUUAUGAAUCAUUAAUGAGUUUCUGAAGGUCUUAUAAGUGAACACCCUCUGUUGUUUUACCAGCUCUAGUUAUGGCCACUUUUUUGAAAAAUUUUUCCAAGGUGGUCGCUUAUGAGAACUUUAACUGUAUUCAAGGUCAAGGGUCAAGGGAAAAGGGUUCGAAUCCAAGCAAGCCUGAAUUUUUUCAGGCUUUUUCGUAACUGCAAAAGUUGUGUAUAUAACUGCGAUUAUCAUCUUUCAUUUAAUAAUAUUGUAUUUAAGUGUGUUACCAUAUUUCAAGUGAUACUCUGCAGAGCUAUGUUAUAGGAGUGGAAAGUCUCAAAGGCUUAAUAUACACGUUGUGCCUGGGAAAUUGGUGGGAACUACUGUACAUGUAGCAAAAAAAUAAUGGCUGUUAUUUAUUUAUUUAUUUACUUGCUUUCUUCUUCACAGUCACUGCAAAGCUCAGAUUCUUGCUGCUGUGGAUAAUUAUGGAAUUCUGUGCUUAGACAUUGUUUGGUGUUACUUCUGGCUGAAAAGCAUUGUAGAUUUGCCCAAUGCAGGUUUGCUCUCUUGGCUUUGCUAUUCAUUAACAAUACUAUACAGGCAGUUAUUCUAGACUCAUACUUAACUGUCGUAUUUCAACUUUAUAGUACUUGACAGUUUCUUUAAAAGGUUUUAUUGGCUAUCUUUCCAUAAUUUUUUUAAGUCUAUGGGAUUUCUUUAAUUAUUUUGCCCAUUUCUUACAGAGGAAAAAUUACAAAAGUGCAAAGAGUGUUUUCAAAGAAGCUAUGGACAAAAUCUUGAAAGGUUGACUUUUGUAAGGGUAUGUAAGAUGCAAUCAUUUGUCGCUACAGUUCUGUAGUAGGUGGCCUCCAUAAUGAAGCAUUAGUAAGUCCCAUUUUCACAAAUUUUCGCUAAUACAAAACUGUAUUGAGUAAUGUCCACCGCUUAAUACAAGUUUUACUGGUCUCCCCAUGUGAUCUCUGUGUAACUGGUACAAUUGUAGGGCAUGCUCCUGCAUUCAUUACAAAGUAUAGUUACAUUGACAGUAACCGGCUUGACAAGCCUUUGAUAUUGCAAGAUUUUGACCACUGAUAAUGAAUCACAAUUAUUUUGCUUCGUCAGCUUAAAAAUCCCUCGAUAAGGUUAUUUGCUUAAAAAUGUGAUGACUUCUCUCAGGGUGGUAGAGGUGGAGAGCUGGCCUUAUUUGUACGGCUGCAUAUCCUUGAGGCCGUAUGCGCAUAUCACAAGGGAGAUAUCACCACUGCUGUGACAUGCCUAGAUAAGGUACAGUAAACAUUCUUGAUAGGAAGGGGAAGGUUUGGGAUCGAUCUAUGUACUCACUUUAAACUUGAGGUGUGAUCUGACCUUAUUUUUCUGUUAUUUUGCUGUUGUCUUUUUAUGCCAACUGGGAAGUCCCGCUUCUUGAUCUGGUCUGCGUCGACUGUCGUGAAAACGUCAAUUACAAAAUGAGUCGGCGUUCUUCCAAACUUCUUGGCGAUUAUUCCAAUUCGCUCAUUUUGUAGGUGAAUUUGCCCCUCAUUCUCUUGUGUUCUAACUAAAUGAUAACGUUAUAUACGUUUGAAAUCCAUCGUAGGCUGAACGUAUGCAAGGAAAACUGCAUAUUGACAAACAUCAACUGACGCAGUGUAAGUUUUGUAACAUGUUUAUUACUGCUACAUAAUCAACAGUUAAGGCUACGGUAUAUUCGCACUAUACCAGAAUGAUCUCGCGCGGACUCGAAGACCAUAGCGGAUAUAGCUUCUGUUCUCAUGUAAGAAAGUUGAUUCCGACGCAAUUUCUAUAACAGAGUGAAGAUGGUCUGCGCCGAUCUUAAAAGUGGAUCGCCACAUACCGGAUAGUUUUCUGCCACCCUUCCGUCCCAGUGUGAAAAGGCAUUGGGAGCGUACCGGAAGUAAAUGAGUAAGCCCACUGAAUUGCCAACAUGUCGUUCUCUCCCUCAGAAUCAUUUUUAGACUCUACCCAACUUCCUGCCAGUUUCAACGUCCAAGAUGGCAGGAGAGCAGUAGAAGAAAAGUAUCAUCGCUCGGGCUGCAAUUCUAUAUUGCUCACAUCUUUUUGUGUUUGUAGUGAUGUUGAUGGGAUUUACAGAGACAGAAGCUAGGCUUGGAUUAAGAGCUUGUCACGGGGAUUCCACCUUAGCAGUGGAUUACAUUACACAACGAAGACAGGUAAAGAAUGCUUUUCUUUUGGCUCGUCAUGCAAUCUUCCCCUACGAAAAGGAACGCGUGUUGAAAGCCUAAGAACGUUCCGUGGGAGGCUGUUAGACAGCGUGCAGACGUCGUCUUUUCUUACACGCGGAAAUAGUAGACAUCUUCACGCAGGAUAGGGUCUGUGCGUUGAGUUGCUGCAAACUUUGUGUGAGAUCUUUGAUUUUGAUGCAACAUACAGUACUUAACUUGUCCAAGCCUUGUCUUCAGAGUUGUCUUCCAUGCAUGGUCGGGAAUAGGGGGCUUAAGCGACGACAACGGCGAUGUCAUCGAGAACGGCAAAAAAGCAAUAGGUUUAGAUUAGCGAAACAACAACUCUGCACGUGCAUCACGCUUUUGAGACAUUUUUUUGCCGUCACUGCACGACUUUAACGACGUGAAAAUACUUUAAAACUUUCACGUUUUGUGGAGGACGUGAACCCAAGACGACGAAUUUUCUUUUCUUUUCCUGAACUUCGAUACAGUCUUUUAGAAUUCAACUCCAGAAAAAAUUGCCAACAUUUAACGAAGUGAGCUAGAUGGAAUACGCGCGAUAAAGUUUGAAGCAGCUUGCAUUUUUAAGUGACGUUUUCGUAGCUUCGCCGUCGUUGUUGCUUAAGCUUUCUGUAGAGCACAACGAUAGGGUCAUCCAUCCCAUUCGUACGAGCAUGUUCUACAUAACACGCGAAUAGCUCGUAUAAACGCGGGUUUAUUUCUUGUUGUGGUCUUCUUUCUGGUCCCCUGGACUGUGUACUCGUUUUUACGAGCACGUAAAUAAUUUGACAAGUUUAAUAAGUGAGCUAAAACGUAAGCUUAAUGUAUACUUACACAAGCAGUUCUACGCACUUGUCACUUGAGAUUAUUGGAAACUGCCUUUUCGUGGCAAAUGAGAAAAAGUUCCUUUUCUUCAAUGCUUGACGAAGUAUUACCUUUUUCUCUUGUUGGCGUGGCCAUUAGAAAAAGGAGGAACAGCAAAUAAAAGACCGUAGAGAAACACAGGGCGCUUUCCAUUUAGUCAAAAUUUCCGGAAUUUCCGGUUCGGCGGUAAAUGGAACACGUUUGUCGGUUCGUCCCACUGGAAAAUUCCCAGAAAAAGUGGAAAAUCUAAAAAGGUGGUCCCGUUUUCCCGGUUGGAAUUUCCGAACGGAAUGUCGUGUUCCAUUUACGUUUCUUGUAGUUUGUACCAGUUCCAGGUCCACGGUCGGGCACCCAGCCACGUAUCGGGGUUUACGACCAAAUGGAACAACUUUUUACCAAUCGGAAAUUCCACUUUUGCUACCACCGAAAUUUCCGGGUUUUUUUCGUAAAUGGAAAGCGCCCACAGAAACCAAAAAAAGUUGUUUGGAACAGGCAGGAAAAGUAGCUGACCGCGGGAACAUUUUCCCGCCAAAAACUUUGCAGGUCAAUCAUCACUUGUAAGCAACAGGUUUCUUAUUUUAAAUAUUACGCAUGCGUGAUGGGUUCACGUCUUUAUAAGACGCAAGAAUGACGCAAGGCAUUCUCGUCCCCAGAGCCCGUCGUUUCUUGGUCACGUGGUCUUGAUUACAAAUUAAGCCGAGUGGCUCUGGGGACGAGAAUGGACGCAAGGUGCUUCCAACUUCGUUCCCAGGGUUCUCUCUUCCUCUUCUUCGUCUUAGCUAAGAAGCGUCUUGACAAAGGUCUGACGUAACAGGUAAUUUUGCGGGGUUUCACUGAUAUCUUAUUCACAACAGGAGAAAAAAGAAAGAAAAGACAAGGAGAAGAAAGACAGAAAGCGAAAAAAACUUGAAAGAGAAUUAGGAAAAACAGCAGCAGGAGAUUGGUGAGAAUUACAUAUUGAUCUUGAAUGCAUAAGAUAACAUAUUAACACAUGUGAGGAGUUUUAAAUCCUCGCUGUGAUCGCAUCAACUUAUGCGGUAGAAUAAAUCAGGCUUUGAAAGGAUCCAUCCUUGACAGAUGUGAAGUGGGCACAAAAACAUUGUGAGAUGUACAUGUAUGUGCUUGGUGGAUACUGAAAUUGUUUAGAUUUCCACACUUUUUCUUCUUUUUCAUCAUCAUCAUCAUCAUCAUCGUCAUCAUCGUCUUUUAUUUGCACCUUAUUGUAGGACUGAGAUGAGAUCAAUAACUGCUCGUUUUUCCAUUGCCUUGAUUAUGUCCUUGACUACUUGUACUAAUAUUUUUUAUUAUUAAAAACUGAAUCAUUGGAUAAUGCAAUUCUAGAGCUUUGAUUGGCUUAGCCAUCAUGGUAUACGCCGCUACGCGACUCGUUGGCUAGCUACCAUCUCAAAUCCAACGCGCACUCGUGGAAUAAUUGUUAAUAAUACCAUAGAUUCUCACUGACACAGACUCGCAGCUUUCUUUACAGAAGACUCCUGCCUGGUUUGAUCUCGUCAUUUUUUAAUUAAAUUUUUUUGUUUGUUAAAAUCAAGGGUAAACGUGGAUACCUAUAAAGCUCUUGUAGAGAUGGGUUUCUCCGAAGUAAGGGCUGCCUCAGCCUUGCGACAAGCAAAUAAUGAUGUUAAUAACGCACUUCAGGUAAGAAAAUACGUUAGCUCCUCGACUCAGCUCUCAUCUCAAAUUCAUCUUGGCCUUGUCUCCUCUAUUUUCUCUUAUCAAGUUAAACUGAACGUAAAUGAAACCAUAGGUCUGUCUGAAAAGAGCAGGGGACGUAGACCUCGGUGGCGUGGUGUCUUUCCUCUGGGGGAGCGGACGACUACUGGAUCGCAGUAAUUGAUGUAAGGUGUUCUCUUUGGAAAGUCCUCAGUCACAAAAUGCUUUCCUCAUUUUUCUCCUGUAAGUUUGAUCUGUGAAACUCAACCGACAAAAUGAAACGGCUGGUGAACAGAUCAAUUGUAUGAGGGGGUUGAGAGAAGCAACUGAUGUGCUCGUUUUCAGACGUGAUAUGCCGUUGUGUUAGGUAUAAUAAUGUCAAAAGUCGAAAUAUUGACAAUAAUAUCAAACCUUUAUCGACAGGUUCUUCAGGAUCAUCCAGAAAUGCUAGAUAUCCAAGACGACAACAGGUAGGAAAAUUGUCAUAUUCAGAGCAAAUAGCAUGGUCGCAAAUCUUAGACGCAUCAUGUCGCACUACACCCUGGUAGCACAUACGUGACACUUUCCUGGGUCUUUCCACACAAUCUGCAUUUCUCAUUUUCCUUUUAUUAUUAUUACUAUUAUUAUUAUUAUUAUUAUUAUUAUUAUUAUUAUAUUAUAAUUAUUACUAUUAUUUUCGAUAUCGUUAUCAUUUUCAUGUUCGUUAUCACCACCAUCAUAUUUUUCGCUGUCAUUAUCCUUAUAAUUAUUAUCAUCACCGUUGUAAUUAUCAAAUAUCUUUGUUAUCAUUGUCAUUAUCAUUCUACAGGCUAUAGUCACAUAACGUAAAAUAAACAUGUUUUCUUCUUUUAAGGCUGGCCACAUCAUCUUUCGACGAUGUGCAGUUUCCAGACGAACAUGUUGCUCAAGUAAGUCAUACUUUAACAAGAGCUCGUAAUUUUAAACAGCCAUACCUUUUCCGAGGUUUAGAACAACCACCUCUCUCUAGUAAAUUCUUGACUGGGACAUGUCCAGUCGGGCAAGCUGCGACAAGAUAUGAUCGAAAUUUGAUCGAGUUUAACUUGUUUUCGUAGGCUGUGUCCAUGGGGUUUGAAGUGGAUUCUGUUAAGGAGGCCCUGAGGUAUUGCCAAGGUGAUAUUUCCAAGGCUAUUAAUAUGUUGGCGUCAAACGGUGGAAAGCUUCCUCCGAUAUCCCAUUCUAGAAAAGGUAAGAAAAGAUAAUUAUAGUAUAAGCCAAUUAAUUAGAGUGUUCAGGUACUUACGUUUUUGAAGUUCUCGACUGUCAAGGAGAAAAAUUGCCGUCAUUAAGGCAACAGUUUUUUCUUGAAAAGUAUCAAAUGUUUCUAGUUUUCUAUCCUUCUUUUUGUUUCUUUUCCAUGAAAUUCUCCUUUCAUAAAAUUUUAGCCCGUGGACGGGCUCUCUGGCGAUCUAGAGGCAGAAAGGGCGAACACUUAACGCAAAAGCGAAGUACAGCAUAAUUAACAGUACCACAGGAAAGUACUGCGCACUAGCUUUCAUUUAAAUAGUCAUACUAUAUGGUUUCAUACGCAGCCUCAAAAGUUAGAACCGCCUUGUACAGCAUAAUAAACAGUACCACAGGAAAGCAAUAGCUUUCAUUUGAAUGGGCACACCAUCUGAUUUCAUCUCCAUAUGAUUUGAUUUUGUUUGAAAAGUUAGAAUUACAGUCCAUUAUGAACAGCUGUGGCUACAUCUACAUUUUUUUUCUUGUUUUAGAUGAAUCACCCGAAAGCGGCAGUGAAGAAGACGAAGAAGACCCGGAUAUAACAGAAGCCGUGAAUGAACUCGUGCCAGAUCUCGCAACAGAGGACGAAGAAGCUUAUUUGAAUCUCUCACUGGAAGAGGAAACCUCUAUCAUCGCUGAAUACAGAACUCUUCUUUUGUCGGCUGGCCACAAUGCCAGCUCUAAUGUCGUGACGUCCUAAAGUUGUAAAAUCUACAGUCAGCGAAAAAAUUGAGGCAAAGCGUCAAGCCACUUUUGUUUCAUAGUAGCCUUCGUAUUUAAUAGCAGGCGUUAGAAGGCGGGGCAGGGGCAAUUCGAGCGCGCGAGGAGGGGAAAAUAGUACCCCAUUUCUCCCUGAUUCCCCCUCCCCCUUCCCUUUUUAACUCCUGUCACGCAAGUUAGUUUUGUAGUAACAAAAAUACAUCAGAACUUCUUACCUAGACUACGAGUAACCCCCCAUUUUUCCCCAGGGACAGUAGAGCGAGCGAAACGCACGCGCGCGUGAAAAUCACCCAACGAAAAAAGAUCUCCACACGAGAAAAUCGCCUUUUCUCGCGUGGGGUGAUUUUCACGCACGCUCGCGUUUCGCUCGCUCUACUAUCCCUGAGGAAAAAUGGGGGACUACUCGUAGUCUACUUCUUACCUGUCUCCGUGUUAUUUAUGGUGUGUUCUUUUUGUCACUCAACAACGUUUCUCACUCGUGAGCUUGGGGUACCUGUAAGACCUAAAGGCGAAACUGACUGACAGUUAGUUACCCAGCGGGAUAUUCAGGAGUUAAAGCAGCGAUGAUUUUGAGCAACGCACGUCGACC